GGCAAUAAUUAUCUGUCUCUGCCUCUGUCUAUGUUUCUGGUUCUCGUCUCUAGCUCUGUCUCUCGCUCUCAGUCUCCUGCCUAUUUCCCUCGUCUUUUUUCUUUCUUUUUUUCUUCCUUUUAUUCAGCUCGCGAAGCCGGUCAGCGUCCCAUGUCCCCUAACGAUCCCUUCCCUCGCGCCCGCAUCGGGGUCUUUACCCCUUUUACCCUCCUAUCUGCCCCCGUUGUCUCUGCCGUCUUGCCGCUUUUCUUCUUCUCCUUCUUCUUCUUCUUAGCCUUCCUUCCCUUCCCGCCAAGUACGUAUCGUGGUGUGCAGCGGCGCAAUGCGCUCAGCGGUCGCUUAGAGCUUCCCGCCUCCCCCUCCUCCUCCCCCCUUGGCUUCUGUCCCCUCUCCGACCGAACCCCAACAGCCAGCCUCGCCAGCUCCUGCGGAGUUUACUCCGCUCCCCGGUGGGAGAGUGAAGGAAGAGACACACAGAGGGAGGGAGAGGUAGGUAAGGGUAAGUAAGCACACGGAUGUGACAUGUCGUUCACCCACACAUCAUGUACGUGCCCUACCAUGUAUCGUAGGGACGUGCGCGCCUGCAAGUCGCUGGCGCCGCCGCCACCGAUGCGACGAUACGGCAAGGUACGGGGGGGCGAAGGAAGAGGGAAGAUGGGAAAUGGGAGUUUUCGGGUUGGGAAGUGAUCCUCGCGACGAACGGGUUUGGUGGCACAGGCCAGUGAGGAGGCGCGCUGUGUGGGCUGCGAUUACGUACAUAUGUAGGCCGAGUUAGGAGGGCGUGCGGACGGGGCAGCAGGCG